CUUUGUGUACUUCCCAAGCGACCUGCAGAAAAAUAGUGAAAUUAUUUGGAGUAUUUUUAUACUUUGCUGAUUUCCUGUUUGGUUCCUAAAUACCUAUAUUGCAUGCACUCAGAGACCACUCGUAUUUAAGGGCAAGAUGAAAAAACACAAGACCCCUUUUUCCAGAAGAGUUGAAAUCCAGGAUCUGUACCAGUCUUACACCGGCACCUCAGGUCAGACUACUAUGCCUGCCUGCAUCCUCCUCAGGUUCCUCCACAAGGAGCAGAUGGAACUCUCAGCAAACGAGGAGAUGGCAGAGAGUCUGAUUGACAGAUAUGAGAUUGAAGAGACAGCCAGAAAAAGCAGGUCCAUGACAUUCGAAGGAUUUUUCAGGUACAUGGAGUCCAAGGACUGCUGUGUGUUCAACCAGGCCCACACAUUGGUGUACCAAGACAUGGACCAGCCUCUCACCAGUUAUUUCAUCUCCUCAUCACACAACACCUACUUGACUGGAGAUCAGCUAGUAGGAAAAAGCCAUCUGGAUGCCUAUGUUUGUGCUUUGAGAAAAUGCUGCCGCUGUCUGGAGAUUGACUGCUGGGAUGGGCCGGAUAUGGAGCCUGUAGUCUACCAUGGCUACACCCUAACCACUAAAAUACUCUUUAAGGAUGUCAUCACCACUGUGGAGCAGCAUGCCUUUGAGAUGUCUGUUUACCCAGUGAUCCUGUCAUUGGAAAACCAUUGCUCCCAGGAGCAGCAGGAGAUCAUGGCCCAGUACCUUAUUUCCAUCCUGGGGGACAAGCUGCUGAGAACUCCCUUGGAUCGCCAAACCACAGGAAACCUCCCAAGUCCAAAUGACUUGAAGUAUAAGAUUCUCAUCAAGAAUAAAAAGCUAAAGCCCCAGAUUAAGACUGAGGAUGCAGCAGGGACAGAGGCAGAGGAGAGUGUAGAUGAGAGCCAGGAUGAUGAUGAGGAGGAUGAAGACUAUCAAAACACAGCAAAGUGCUGCUCUCCCAGAAAGGCAGGGCCAAAGAAAAAAGAGGAGAAGGUGAUGUUGAGCAAGGCUCUGUCUGACCUAGUCGUAUACACCAGGUCUGUAAAGUUCAUCAGCUUCAGUUAUGCUAGGCAUUGUCAGAACUAUGAUGAGAACACAUCUAUGGCAGAGAAGAAGGCUCAUAAGCUAGCAAAAGCCACAGGUGCAGAUUUUGUUCGGCAUAACCAGAAUUUUCUCAGCAGGAUUUACCCGGCAGGCUCAAGGACCUCUUCAUCCAACUACAACCCUCAGGAGUUUUGGAACAUCGGCUCACAACUCGUGGCCCUCAAUUUCCAGUCUCUGGGCUUACCUAUGGACCUUAAUGAUGGCCGUUUCCAGGACAACGGGGGCUGUGGCUAUGUCCUGAAGCCAGCAGUGCUCAUGUCCAGUCAGAAGAGCUUUGAUCCCAGCUGCAACCAGCACAGCCUGAAACACACACACCUGCUGCUCAAGGUGAUCAGUGGGUCCAACUUACCUGUCCCCAGCAGUGGUAAAGCUCUGGACCCCUUUGUCACAGUAGGAAUUAAUGGGCUUCCUUCCGACUCCUGCAAAAAAAGCACGCAUACUGUCAAAAACAACUCUCUGAGUCCUCACUGGGAUGUUAACAUGAACUUCAUUAUCAGUGUCCCUGAGCUUUGCCUCAUCCGCUUCUGUGUCCGAGAUCAGACCGGCCUUCUCAGCAGCGAGUUUGUGGGCCAGUACACUCUGCCCUUCACCAGCCUCCAAAAAGGAUACCGCUGGGUGCCUCUACGAUCCAGAGACGGAUGCAGCCUAGAUCCAGCCUCCCUCUUCGUCUUCGUCUGGUAUUCCUAAAGACUGUUCUCUGU